UGUUCUAGAAGCUGUUCACGCGAUCUGAAAUUUAGCUUCUGGGUCUAGGACAGGACAGCAAAUUCGGUGUCAGGAGGGCUUGCGCAGAGUGCGAGAGAGGCAUGGGCCCGGCCAGGAAGGGCAAAACGUGCCGCAGCGCCUCCUGUAACCAACAAGGCCUCGGCGCCGGGGCCUGGGAGGGGUGGGCGGCCAUCUUGGUAAAGGCCUGAGCGGCGGCCGGCGCGGGGCUGACGCUGGCGGGGCUGCCAGAUUCGAAGGACACAAUGAGUGAGUGACCGGGCAACGUGGAGCGGAAUCUAGCUCGGCCAGGGCCCCGCGCUGCGUGGGCGCGCCCAGUGGGCCUCGGAUGCGGCGCCGGCUCGCCCCCAGGAUGGUGAGGCGGCGAGCGCUGAGGCGCUGCCUGCAGUUGUUAACGCCUUCGGCGGAGCCGGCGCUGCGGAGCCGGGGGCGGAGGAACGCGGGCGCCGGCCACCGUCGCCCCUUCCGCUGCGCUGGGGCGCUGUGUCCGGGGGCGCUGUGGCCCGUGGCCGAAGAGCAGCAGCAGAGGCGGCGGCGCCGCGCGCGCCUGACCGACCAUCGCGUCAGCUCUUCAGGAAAGGACAUGGAUGAAAAUGAAAGCAACCAGUCCCUGAGGACAAUUUGCCAAUAUCCUAAAGAGGCAGUAAGAAAGCGCCAAAAUUCACGGAAUUCUGGAGGAAGUGAUUCUUAUAGGUUUUCCAGGAAGAGUUUCAAACUGGAUUACAGACUAGAAGAAGAUGUAACUAAAUCAAAGAAAGGAAAGGAUGGGAGAUUUGUUAACCCUUGGCCAACAUGGAAAAAUCCCUCUAUUCCAAAUGUUCUCAGAUGGCUGAUGAUGGAAAAAGAUCACAGCAGCGUUCCAUGCUCCAAAGAGGAGCUUGAUAAAGAACUCCCAGUGCUUAAGCCGUAUUUUAUCGAUGACCCUGAAGAAGCUGGAGUGAAGGAAGCUGGCUUAAGAGUCACGUGGCUGGGACACGCGACAGUGAUGGUGGAAAUGGAUGAGCUCAUCUUGCUCACGGAUCCUGUCUUUAGCGCCCGGGCCUCCCCGUCGCAGCGCGUGGGUCCCAAGCGGUUCCGGCGUCCCCCUUGCACCGUCGGUGAACUGCCCCAGAUAGACGCGGUCCUCAUCAGCCACAACCACUACGACCACCUGGACUACAGUUCUGUCACUGCUCUGAACGAGCGAUUUGGUAACGAGCUGAGGUGGUUUGUGCCUUUGGGGCUCCUGGACUGGAUGCAGAAAUGUGGCUGUGAGAAUGUGAUCGAGCUGGACUGGUGGGAGGAGAACUGCGUCCCCGGACACGAUAAGGUGACGUUUGUGUUCACACCUUCCCAGCACUGGUGUAAAAGGACUCUGACGGAUGACAACAGGGUUCUCUGGGGCAGCUGGUCUGUCUUGGGGCCUUGGAACCGCUUUUUUUUCGCAGGAGACACUGGUUAUUGCUCUGCUUUUGAAGAGAUAGGAAAAAGAUUUGGACCUUUUGACCUCGCAGCUAUUCCCAUUGGAGCGUAUGAACCAAGGUGGUUUAUGAAGUACCAGCAUGUAGACCCAGAAGAGGCUGUAAAGAUUCACAUUGAUGUGCAGACAAAGAGAUCUGUGGCAAUUCACUGGGGAACUUUUGCCUUAGCGAAUGAGCAUUACUUAGAACCUCCAGUGAAACUGAGUGAGGCUCUAGAAAGAUAUGGACUUAAGACUGAAGAUUUUUUUGUCUUGAAGCAUGGAGAGUCAAGAUACCUUAAUGGUGAUGAUGACAACUCUGAGUAAAUAUGAGCACAGGAGCUUUUAAUGAAAAAGGCAUCAUCGGAUAUAAAUCUAAAAGGACUAAGAAAUUCAUGAAUAUUACGAUUUUUUACAUUUGGAAACAACUUCUGCAGGUUUGUGUUCUAUGUUGUAACCUGCUUCCUAAUAUGAUUGCCAGUUCUUAUAAACAGAGAAGAGUUCAGAGGUGGGUCAUUUAAAUAAUGAAGGCUAAUGUGGAUUUUAGGUCAUGUCUCAGUGACAUAAACAUUGCAAUGGAAUUUUUUUUACUAAAGCAUUCUACUUUAGUGGUAGAGUUUUGAGAUUAUGAAAAACUGAUUUUAAAAACUCAUUUCUGUUUUUCUAUUCUUAGGGGCCUUCUGCAUGGUAAGUCAAGGCUGUCUACCUACCUAGAUUUUCUCACAGGUCUGCACACAGAAACAUAUUUCUUACAGUCAUGGUAGAGCAAAUGAUGACAUUGAUUCCCCACAUGGUUAUAUGCCAAAUGUUAAGAGAUUUAUUUUUUUAAACAUAAAAACAUAGGAGUUUGGGCUAAGUUACCAUUUUUUUAAAAGAGAGGAAUAAUAUACUCUGUGGCAUACCUACAAUCCCCCUCCCCAAAUCAAAAGCCCUCUGAGCUGGGCAGAGGAAGGGGAAGUGUGGUUAUGAGAAAAUGUUUUAUUUUUAAUCUAAAAGUCAGACCUGCUCAGCACAAAUACAGCUGCAAGGAAAUAAUUUACAAAGAUAAUGCAGAUAUUAAAUGUUAAUAGACCAUAUACUUUGAGUUAAAUUUUAUUCUUUCCAUAUUCCAUCUUCUCUCUCUUUCUCUCUCUAUAUAUACUCAUUAUUUUUUCUGGUUUCUUAGCUCAAACCCCAGUAUGUCAGUGAGCUUUAUAAAUAUUUUCUGUUUUACAUGAUUCUCUUAUAUUUUUAUAUUACACGAUCCUUAAGCACGGUUCUACUUUUAUUAAGCCAGUGUGGAAUAUUAGUGGUUAAAAAAAAAGACAGUGAUUCUGGGAGUCCACUGCCCUGAGUUUUAGUCCUAGACAGGCUCUACCCGCACUCCAUUACUCUGAACCUUCCUAAAUGAGAGAGCUGAUUAGAGGCCUAUUCUGUCUUCCCAAUCCAGCCUCAGUGAAAUGAACUUUAUUCACACCAAAUGCUACCCAGGUAGUGCCCUGUAAUUUAUUUUCACGUAUAUAUAUGCAUGUUAGCCACUUAAUCUGACUUUUAAUCCUGCUUCUGCCUUGGAUUCUCUGUCACCUAAGCUCAGUGUGCCUCAGUGUCCUCACGUGCAACAAGAGGAUGAUUUUCACCUACCUCCCAAAACUGUGAAGAAUAAAUAAGUCUUUUUUUUAAAAAAACACUUGGAAAAUAUAAGGGAGAAAAUGAUAUCUUCAGAUAUCACUGCCUAAUACAGAUAGGUAGAUUUGAAAGUGGAAAAUAGGCUAAUAAUGCUUUUGAUAAUAUAUAUUCAAGCAUAUAAGGACACUAAACAUUGAGGACUAACAACUUUGUCUCCCACAUUUUGUAAAUUUGGAGAAUAAUAGCCAAGAUAAAUGUAAAUAAUAUUUAUCAAAAUUUAGCAUUUUUAUCUACAAAGAUGCAAAUCUGUCAAGGGGAAAUGUAUAUGUAAUAUAAGUGAAUGUAUAUGAUUUGUGGGCACUAAAGCACAAAAAAUUUCCCCGUAAACUUUCAGGAAAAAACCAACCACUUUUUCACUCCAAAGGAACAUUUAGCAAACAGAUGGGAAUCAAGAUGUUGGCUUAUGGUGGAUUAGCUUUGGCACAGGUUGCCCUAAUACUAGCCAGAGUUCUGUGGUUACCUUCCUUGCUGUUGCACGCCAGACGGAAAAUUCAUCUCUUACCUCUGCUCUAUGAAGCAAGCCAAGCGCAUCUUGCUUAAUUAUUUCUUCUCCUUGAGUGGCCUUAAUGUUAAUUUUGUAUUCACAUGUACUGUUUAACUGAGGGGGUCCCCAGGCACUUUAAAUUAUGUUCUAAGUUCCACUUAAUUGGGCCUGCCUCAUUUUCUAGGCUUCCUCCAAGCUGUAAGUUUUAUGACCAUUUGCAUUCUUUCCACUUUGACAUUUUGUUCAUUAGGAAGUACACUGAGCUUCAUCUCUCCUAUCCACAUUUUGAAGGGUUUUAUGUACAAAGCAAAAACAAAUUUUUUUUUUUUUUUUUUUUUGCGGUACGCGGGCCUCUCACUGUUGUGGCCUCUGCCGUUGCGGAGCACAGGCUCCGGACGCGCAGGCUCAGCGGCCAUGGCUCACGGGCCGAGCCGCUCCGUGGCAUGUGGGAUCUUCCCGGACCGGGGCACGAACCCGUGUCCCCUGCAUCGGCAGGCAGACUCUCUACCACUGCGCCACCAGGGAAGCCCAAAAACAAAUUUUGAAGAGACUAAUCCACUCUGUUCCCUCCAUUCAGUCUAAUACAUGUCAUAAUACCUUUUCAUUGUCUCAUCCUCUAAGUCAAUUUCAUUUUCCUCUUUGAUUAGCCAGCAUCCAUACCAACAUGUAUGAUUUUAUUGAAAUCCCUUUCUCCCGUGAUAACUGAAGAACACUUUGAAACUCACUGCCCAGGAGGGUGGGACCAUCAAUUAGGAGAAAGCCCACCUAAAAAAGGUAAGAUGUGCCAUGACCUACAUAGGUAAAGAUCGAACUGUGCACUUUCCCUGUGGAAUUCUUUCUAGAUGACUCCCCCCUUUUCUCUAGCAUUUUUGACAUUUCAAACUCAAUGCUCUGAUUUCCAGGAAACGUUAUUUGUUCAGACUAAUAAUAGAGGAAAAGAAGAUAGGGUGUUUUAGAAUCCAAUGCUGCUACCGCACAUUGAAAUCAAAUCUUUGUUUUAAUGUGUGUACAUUUUGAAUAUAUUUUCAGUAAACAAGGAGGAAGAUUAAGCAAAAUUGUUAUAAAGAAAUGUGCCUUUCAGGGAGUUAACACUUAUGUUUGCAUCACUUGAUAAAUGAUCCUUAGCCUUCAUAAUGUACAUUAUUACUGCUGUAGCUAAUUUAGAAUUUUCAUCAUGUUUCUACUGUAAAAAUAUGUCUCCCAAGUUUCAUUUCUGUAUCAGGAUAACCCUGAUAAAGCACAUUUUUCUGUUUGAGGA